ACGCCGAGACCCGAGCCGCGCGCUGGGGUUGGGGCGCGCAGCUUCCACCACUGGCGAGCGCGGGCUUCUGCUCCGGUGGCCUCGCUUGGUCGGGCCGGGCCUGCUCGCCUCCGGAGCUCCCUCUGCUCACGGAUGGGCUGGGGAAGUCGGGAGGAGCGAGCCGGAGCCCGCGCGGGGUGCGCCCUGCCGCUGCCUGAUUUCGCGCCCGCAAUACGGGCGCAGCGCGCCGGCCGCAGAAGCGCGGAUGCCCCCCGGAGCCGCGGGCCGGCAGCAGGUCUUUGAUCGUGAGGCUGCUGGCUGACUAUGGGUACAACGGCCAGCACAGCCCAGCAGACGGUCUCAGCCAGUGCCCCCUUCGAGGGCCUCCAGAGCGGCGGCACAAUGGACGGGCGGCACUCACUCAGCGUCCAUUCCUUCCAGACCACGGGCUUGCACAACAGUAAGGCCAAGUCCAUCAUCCCCAACAAGGUGGCCCCCGUUGUGAUCACGUACAACUGCAAAGAGGAGUUUCAGAUCCACGAUGAGCUGCUCAAGGCCCAUUACACGCUGGGCCGGCUCUCAGACACCACCCCUGAGCACUACCUGGUGCAGGGACGCUACUUCUUGGUACGGGAUGUUGCUGAGAAGAUGGACGUGCUGGGAACCGUGCGGAGCUGUGGGGCCCCCAACUUCCGGCAGGUGCGAGGCGGGCUUGCCGUGUUUGGCAUGGGGCAGCCCAGCCCCUCGGGUUUCAGGCAGGUCCUCCAAAAACUCCAGAAGGACGGACACAAGGAGUGUGUCAUCUUCUGUGUGCGGGAGGAGCCUGUGCUGUUUCUGCGUGCUGAGGAGGACUUUGUGCCUUGCACCCCUCGAGACAAGCAGAACCUUCACGAGAACCUGCAGGGCCUUGGGCCUGGGGUCCAGGCAGAGAGCUUAGAGCUGGCCAUCCGGAAAGAGGUCCACGACUUUGCCCAGCUGAGCGGGAACACAUACCACGUGUACCACAACACUGAGGACCUGCGGGGCGAGCCCCACGCCGUGGCCAUCCGGGGUGAGGAGGAUCUGCAGGUGACCGAGGAGGUGUACAAGCGGCCCCUCUUCCUGCAGCCCACCUACAGGUUCCACCGCCUGCCCCUGCCAGAGCAAGGGGCCCCCCUGGAAGCCCAGUUUGAUGCCUUUGUCAGUGUCAUCCGGGAGACCCCCAGUCUGCUCCUGCUCCGAGAUGCCCACGGCCCGCCCCCUGCUCUCCUCUUCAGCUGCCAGACGGGCGUGGGCAGGACCAACCUGGGCAUGAUCCUGGGUACCCUCAUCCUGUUUCAUCACAGUGGGACUGCCUCCAGGCUGGAGCCUAUCCCCUCGAAGAGCAAGCCACUGCCCUUGGAACAACUCCAGGUGAUCCAGAGCUUCCUCCACACUGUGCCCCAGGGAAGGAAGAUGGUGGAGGAGGUGGACAGAGCCGUCACUGCCUGUGCUGAAUUGCAUGACCUGAAGGAAAUAGUCUUGGAAAACCAGAGGAAGCUGGAAGGCAUUCGGCCGGAUAGCCCAGCCCAGGUCCCCUCCUUUCAGGGAAGCAACAGCCAGCACGGUGUUCGGCAGAGGGCGCUGCGGAGUCUGGAGCGAUAUUUCUACCUGAUUGUGUUUAACUACUAUCUCCAUGAGCAGUACCCGCUGGCCUUUGCCCUCAGUUUCAGCCGCUGGCUGUGUGCCCACCCCGAGCUGUAUCGCCUGCCUGUGACACUGAGCUCAGCGGGGCCUGUGGCCCCUGGGGAUCUCAUCGCCAAGGGCUCUCUGGGGGCGGAUGACCUCAUCUCCCCAGAUGCACUGAGCACCAUCAGAGAGAUGGACGUGGCCAACUUCCGGCGGGUGUCCCGAAUGCCCAUCUAUGGCACAGCCCAGCCCAGUGCCAAGGCCCUGGGGAGUAUCCUGGCCUACCUGACUGAUGCCAAGCGGAAGCUGCGGCAGGUCGUUUGGGUCAACCUGAGAGAGGAGGCUGUGCUGGAGUGCGAUGGGCACAGCCACAGCCUGCGGUGGCAUGGACCCCCCAUGACAGCUGACCAACUAGAGAACCUGGAGACCCAGCUAAAGGCCCACCUGUGCAUGCCUCGCCCAGGGGUGGAGGGCCCACGGACCCACAGGUUCCAGACGUGCCUCACCGUGAAGGAGGUCUUCAGUCAGCACCGCAGGGCCUGCCCUGGCCUCACCUACCACCGCGUCCCCAUGCCCGACUUCUGUGCCCCCCGCGAGGAGGAUUUUGACCAACUGCUGGAGGUCCUGCGGGCUGCCCUCGCCAAGGACACGGGCACCGGCUUCGUGUUCAGCUGCCUCAGCGGCCAGGGCCGGACCACGACCGCCAUGGUGGUGGCUGUGCUCGCCUUCUGGCACAUCCGAGGCUUCCCAGAGGUGGGCGAGGAGGAGCUCGUGAGUGUGCCUGAUGCCAAAUUCACCAUGGGGGAGUUUGAGGUGGUGAUGAAGGUGGUGCAGCUGCUGCCCGAUGGGCACCGCAUGAAGAAAGAGGUGGAUGCAGCGCUGGACACGGUCAGUGAGACCAUGACGCCCAUGCACUACCACCUGCGGGAAAUCAUCAUCUGCACCUACCGCCAGGCAAAGGCAGCCAAGUCGGAGGACGAGGCCCGGAGGCUGCAGCUGCGGAGCCUGCAGUACCUGGAGCGCUACGUAUUCCUGGUGCUCUUCAACGCUUACCUCCACCUGGAGAAGGCCGACUCCUGGCAGAGGCACUUCAGCACCUGGAUGCGGGAGGUGGCAUCAAAGGCCGGAGUCUAUGAGAUCCUCAACCAGCUGGGCUUCCCCGAGCUCGAAAGUGUGGAGGACAAGCCCUUCUCAAGGCUGCGCUGCCGGUGGCAGGAGCAGAGCCACAGCCUGGAGCCCUUCACGGCUGGGGACUUCCUGUAGGAUGGAUUCGCCCUGCCCCUGCCCCUUGCCGCAGGGUGCCACGAAGGCUGGGGGCACCCAAGGUGCUCUUCACUGAAGUGGCUCUGAGGAAAUGGUCCCCUAGCUUCCCAGAGAAACUUGGGGUUGGGUGGAGACCCCAUUUUUGAGAGAGCUUUUUAUAGGACGAUUCAUACACAGUCGUACCUUGUAAAUGACAGGCAUGUGGCCGGCCUCCAAGAAGGCCGAGUAUGUACGCCUUGCCGACAGGGCUGGCAUCAGCCCUCCAAGGAGCUCAUUUCCCAAGUUGCCGGGCAAAGCUACUUGCCACUUCUGCUUCCAUCCUCUCCUUCUGAUCCCCUCUCAGAGCAGCCUGGCAAGCCCCUGGUGCACAGCAACCAGCCCAUUUUGGUUUCCUUCUCUUUCAUUCUGUCUCUGCUCUCCCUCUUGGCUUUUCUACUUUAGUGGCCUGACUAGUACCUAGGGCUUCUGCCUCCCUGGGGGGUGGACAGCACGCUGGGUGGCUUUGUUACUUCAAAGGCAUCUGUACCCAGUUUCCUUGCCUUUCAUGCCCCAUCCCCAGCCUGGAGACUUCAAGAAGGAUGACCACAUGGUCUGGUAGGUCUCACGGAGGCUCUAACUCGCCUUCCUUUCCCCUCGCCUCUCCUCUGGGGCUGGCAGGACUGGAGUUUUCUAAGGAGCUGGAAACAUCAGGGAGCCCCUCUCAGGGGAAGAAAGAGCUCCCAGAAGGUGGAUGCACCCCUGUGGAAGAGGCCAGCUCCAUUUGCCUGGGAGCCCAGGUUGGGGGUGCUGAGGAAGGCAAAGCUCCCAGCUGGGGGUCCCUCUGCUCCUCCUCCCUGCCCACCAGCCCAAGAUGGCCCUGGGCCUGUCUCUCCCAGGGCUGCUGGGUGACCUGAGUGAACAGUGGAGUGUGUGAAAAUGGGCUAAGGAUGGCGUGAGGGUCACCUGGAUUCCAGACCAUCCUUACUGAGGACCGUUGAGCUGCCCACCAGUGGGAACAGAAGGGGUUACGUGCUGCUGAGUUAGAGGCCUCCAGGCUCUGCGCUGUCCGGACAGUAGGAAAGCUGCUUGGAAGAGCAGAAGAAGCAGGCGGUGUUGAGUUGAGCCUUGCAGCAAUUCCUCUGGGUACUGGGGUCUGCUGAAACCCAGGGGCUGAACAGUGGGGAGGCAGUCCACCUGGGUUGGCCCGUUGGGGCCAGGGAGGCUUCUCUUUGGCUCCCUGGCGCAUGCACUUCUAUGGAAAACAGGUGGAUGUGUCCGUGGUCAUAUUUGAAAAGGGGAGAAGAAGCUAAAGUUGUUCAUAGCUACCUAGUAUUGGAAACCAUUUGACCAUCUUGGCUGAAUUCUUUUGCAAAUCUACUGUAUGUCUGUUCACUACCUUUUCACAUUUGUUGUUUUCAUUUUUAUUAUUUUUGCAUGUGUUAAAAAGUUUUAAUUUCUUUGCAGACGAAGUCUAGGUGAGAGGUCAGAGAUCGGGGCUGAACUGGAGGUAGACUUUGUGUUGAAAGUCAACUCCGACUUUCAGCUGUGCUGGAAUCACUGGCCAGUCACUUCACCUCUCUGCCUCAGUUUUACCAUCUGUAAAAUGGGAGAAUAAUACUUGCCUACCUACCUCACAGGGGUGUUGUGAGGAUUCAUUUGUGAUCUUUUUUUUUUUUUUUUUGUACAGAGCUUUUGAGCAUU